GACAUCUCGUGGCGAUGACUUUGCGACAGAGUGCGGACACGUGACUGCAUCAGUGCGCAGGGGCGGCCGGGGAUGGUCGUCGAUGUUGCGGGCGCAGUGUUUUCACGACGUCGAUUUUCACGUGACAGCCCGCGGAAGUGCGCGGGAACCCGGUCGUGUAAUGGUGUGAGACCUGAGACGGCAUUAAGUACGCACAUCUUACGACGCACGAUAAACGCAUUUCCCGACGUUCCCUUAUCAUCUCGCCGAAAUGCCGGAGGAGGAGAAUUUUUGCAAGAAAAUGUCAAAAGCCACCAGGGGAAUACACGCAAUCAGCGAUGCCCUGGUGAACGCGAAACUGGCAUUCGGGUUCCUCGACGAUUCUAUAUGGGCUGACGGGCUUCUGGUUUUCUACGAGGUCUUUCGUUACCUGGAAGGUGCAAUGAUUAGAUUAAGAAACACCAAAAUUGGAUUGCUUCCACUCAGUGAGCUUCAACGUACAGAGGCUUUCGAGCGCGAUCUUGAUCAUUAUUUGGGAAAAGAAUGGAGGAAAAACUACAGUCCUAGGGAUAGCGUCGCCAAAUAUCUGAUGCGUUUGAGAGAAGUGGAAGACACGGAUCCCACUUUAUUAAUGGCAUAUAUUUAUCAUCUUUACAUGGGUCUCCUCAGCGGCGGUAUCAUUCUACGUAAAAAAAGGCAGAUCGUACAAAAGAUUUCGCCUUUCAAAGCGCAACCGUCGAGCGAUGGUAAUAACGUCACAGACUUUGGGCAGAACAGUAUAUUUCAGUUAAAGCGUGAAUUACGCGAAUCGAUGAACAGAAUCGCGGAGACGUUGGAUGAGGACACGAAAAAUAAACUUAUCGAAGAAAGUAAAAUAGUCUUUGAAUUGAAUAAUGAAAUUAUCAAAAGUGUGCAGACGGGCAGUCAUAUUUUUGAAAAAAUAUUCUAUUUUAUUGGCCCAGUUUUAUUGGUUCUUUUCGUCCUGAUAAUCGUCCUCAAUAUCCUUUACAAAUACAUUAUACGUUAAUAAAAAUUAAUUCAAUUAACGCUAAUUUAACGUCAAUUUACUUAAACAAAAAUGAUAAAUUCUUGUUUGGCCGAAAAAUGCUAAUAUCGAAAUCGAAAUGUAUAAUACCAUGUUACUUACGCGCUGUAUCUUUCUAUAGUUAUAU